GAAGAUUCCCAGCAGAAAAAGAAUGAAUGCUUCAGUUUCAGUUCUUUUAUUUACAGUGAUUUCACAAAUUUUAUUGUAGAUUUUAAACACUGUUCCAGUGUUUAUUUUCAAGUAGAAAGCGGGAGAAUUGCGAGUUGUCUGUAAAUCAGCAAAACUCCAGGAAACAAGUGAAAUCUGUGUGACACUGUUGUAAAGAUGUUUAUUAAAGAGGAGAGUGAAGAUAUGGGUUAUCCAGAAGCAUGCAGAAUUAAAAGAGAACACACUGAGGAACAAACAGACUUGAUGGGAAUGAAAGAGAAAAAUCAAGAACCGAUAGAAGUGAAAGAGGAAAGUCAAGAACUGAAUGAAGUGGAGGAAGAACAUCAGUAUCAGAAUCCUCAUUUCAUAACCGGAGAAAAAUAUUUUGGUUGCUCACAGACUGUGAAGAAUUCCUCACAAAACAGAACUCAAUCCAACAAUUCCUUUACCUGCCCUCAGUGUGGAAAAUGUUUUGCAUGUAGAGGAGACCUUAAGGUUCACUUAAGCCAUCACAAUGGAGAGAGCCCUUUCACAUGCCCUCAGUGUGGAAAGAGUUUUAAACUGAAAAGAAGUCUUAACCAUCACAUGAACAUUCACACUGGAGAGAAACCUUUCACAUGCCAUCAGUGUGGAAAAAGUUACACAUACAAAUCUGGCCUUGAAAGACACACAGUAUUUCACACCGGAGAGAAGCCUUUUACAUGUCCUCAGUGUGGAAAGAAUUUCAGACAUAAACACAGUCUUCAGAAACACAUACGAACUCACACUGGAGAGACACCUUUCAAAUGCAAUCAGUGCGGAAAGAGUUUCAGACAGAAACACAGUCUUCAGAUACACAUAAGAACUCACACUGGAGAAAAACCUUUCACAUGCCAUCAGUGCGGAAAGAGUUUCAGACAGAAACACGCUCUUCAGAUACACAUAAGAAGUCACACUGGAGAGAAACCUUUUACAUGCCAUCAGUGUGGAAAAAGUUAUGCAGACAAGUUUUGCCUUAAAAGACACGAAAUAUUUCACACUGGAGAGAAGCCUUUCACAUGCCUUCAGUGUGGAAAGUGUUUCAGACGGAAAGAAGAUCUUAACAAACACAUGCAAAUUCAUACUGGAGAGAAACCUUUCACAUGCCUUCAGUGUGGAAAAAGUUACAUGGAAAAAAUAGGCCUUAAAAGACACAUGCUAUUUCACACUGGAGAGAAGCCUUUCACAUGUAUUCAGUGUGGGAAUAGUUUCACAUCUAAACAGUCUCUUGAUGUGCACAUGAGAGUUCACACUGGAGAGAAGCCUUUCACUUGCCAUCAGUGUGGAAAGAGUUUCGUAAAGAAAGGAUACCUUAAUGUGCACAUGAGAAUUCACACUGGAGAGAAGCCUUACAUAUGCUUUCAGUGUGGGAAGAGAUUUGUUCGUAUAGGAAACCUUAACAUGCACCUGAGAAUUCACACUGGAGAGAAGCCUUACACCUGCCUUCAGUGUGGUAAUAGUUUCACGUGUAAAGGAUCCCUUAAUGUGCACAUGAGAAUUCACACUGGAGAGAAGCCAUACACAUGCCAUCAAUGUAAAAAGAGUUUCAGUCGGUCACAAACCCUAAAAAAACACGGGAGAGUGCAUGCUGGGAAGAAGCCAUAACUGCUCUUCAUUUUGGAAAAGUCAUAGAAAAGGCCAUUGACCAGAGUUGUAGUAGUGAGCAAACUGAGAGUAAUGUUAUGUCAUUUAGAGAUUAAUGGACUUUGACUUGUACACAGACUUGGAUGAAUUUCUACUUGGACUGGACUGGAAGAUUUUCCGAGUCCAUGGCAUUUGUGACACAUCAAAAAGAAAGAAAAAUAGAACUGUCACAUUUUAGCUUUAAUUUGGGGGGAAACCAGAUGUUUUAGAUGGCUUUACUUCUCAGCCCCAGAAAAGCAGUUCGUUAUAUGGGCUAAUGUGCUUAUUAAACCGCAAAAGCUAUGAUUUACAUUUACUGCAUGAAAAGAGUCAAAUCUGGAAAAAUGUGGGAAUAGUAAACUCCCACUUCAUGUUUGUCAGGUGUAUUAGGGAAAACACGGAUCCAAGUACCAUGAAACCGUUAAGGCCAAAACAUACUUCACGUAAGUACGCAAACGCAGACGUGAGUACUUGGCCCAUGCAUGGCCAAUGCGUGGUCCCAUUGUACAUACAUUACGUGCGCUCUUGCGUUGCUCUGGUGGUUACAAACCUCAGACCUCAAGAGGACAAUAGAUUUUUUAGGCGUGACCACGAAACCGGUGCUGCGUCCGAAACCAGGAAUAUGCUGCAUUCGGAGGCUGUAUACGGAGGCAGGAUGAAAAUAAGGUGCUUUUCAAACUGUUCGGAGACCAGCUCCUUAAGAGUUCCAUUCAUUCAAAACAGAUGUCAGCUAAGCCAUUAACAGAUUAGGCAGCAAGUCAGCUGCUUACGUUUUCGGAUGCAGCCCGGAUGUGGUAGAUGAGUCGAUAGUUGAGGAGUGGGGUGAGACACGAGAAAAAACAAGUUUGUUUGAAUGAACUGGGGAGACAAAGUCAUACAUAUUUUUUCGAAAAGAUUCAACUCAAAUUGCUGCCAGAGUCCGCCAUGACAGUUAUUAGGUAAAAGAAGAAAAUCCACUCUAGCGCCCCUUGCGGCAAUGCUGAAAAUGCAGCACGUACUUGUGCUGUGUUAUAAAUUGAGCGUUGACACAUUUCACAACGUAACAUCGCGUGAAAUCGAGCUUGCUUAGCAAGGUACGUCUGCAUUCACGUACUUUCGUAGAGUAUGUUUGGGCCUCUAACAUCCACAAAAAUUCACAUACCUCAAUUCAGUGGACAACUAAAGGGAACCGUGAAGUUUGAUGGAAAUUUAUGGUUGAAAUUCUGCUGGUUGUGAUGACUGAAGGAAGUCCUGCUGUGAGGGCUUUUACAUGUUAAUUAGGGUGACCAGAUGUCCCCAUUUCCCAGGAACAGCCCCGGUUUUUUGGUGGUCUGUCCCCAACUGGAGCUGUCCCCAUAAAUGUCCCCGUUUUUCCCGAGCAUUCAAAACAGCCCGCAUAGUGAAUUAUAUUAAAUGGCAAGUAAGCCCGAACAGCAAAGACUACCAUGUGCUGUUUAUUUUUAUCAACAGAGGGGGCUGCUCGCUAUAGCAGUUCAAUUCAUUCAUCUUCACUGAUUAUUUGGUCAGGCCAGUUUUGCCAUCAAGAACUGGACCAGAAAAUUGAAGAGAAUUAUCAUAAUUGUUAUAAGCUUCAAGGUAAGGCACAUAUUAGCUAUUUAUGUUAUAAAGUUAUAUUGUUAUGCAUUUUAUUUCAGGUUCUGAAUUCAAUACAGGAUUGUAUUGAAAGUUUGGCCUUCAUAAUGCGGGAAUUCCUGCACAAACUAUAACAUGCUGGGGAAAAGUAGUCAAAUUAAUACCUGCAGAUGAACAAAUAAAAUCAUUAAUUUUAUUUUGAAUCAGUGUGUGUUGUGUAUAUCAACUCUGUAUCGGCCCACCAUCCCCAAUCCCUCCCUCCUGCGCUAGUAAUAUUCACACAUUUAAGAAAGUACCUUCUCACAUAUUUGCUCAUUUGUUGUUUUAACAUAUACCCAAAAUAAAUUUCAAAGAAGAAAAUGACAUUAAUAACAUGGAAAAUUUAAUAAAAAUGUAUAAUAAAAUAUCUGCAAAGAAAUGUACAGUUAGUCAGUACUUCACAGCAUAGAUUACAUCACGUCUUGCAGGGAAACACUUGACUGAAAAGGAGCACCAUAAUGCAUAACACUUGAUCUAAAUAUAAGGUGGUAAUUAAGAAAAACAGGUCCAUAUGAGAUACGCAAACAGUUAGGUAAAAUAGUGUUAUAAUUAUUAUUAUUAUUAGACCACUAAAAAUGAUCAACUUUACCUCCAUGUUUGAAUUUCAUUGAGACAUACGGUAUUCAAUACAGCAUGAUACACCACACCAUAAAACAAUUAUUUCCAUGAUUUGUUAACUAUAUUUUUUGCCAAAUCAGCUUAGAUUCACUAAUGUAAUCAGAUAACACAAGAAUUUAUGUUAUUGAGUAAACUAAUGGCACAAUGGCAAUGCACUGAUGUAAUGUAUAAAAUAAUAAUAAUAAUAAUUCCACUAAUUGUUAUUUACUAUACCUUUUUAUUCAAAUUAUUAUUUAUUUUAUUAACAAAUGUUAUUUUAAAUGAACUCAAAAUUGU